AAAUAUCUUAAACAGUUAUAGUGUCCAAGUGGGAUUCCAACUUUAUAGUUUAUACUACGUAUGUCCAUAUUAGAUUCAGAUACAACAAGCCUUCUUAGAACUUGAGCCCUAUUAAAAUUCUACUCCGUAUAAGAAGUCUGGAGCCUUCCUUUAUAAAUAGAACCCAGACUUGGAACCCAUCAAUUGCAUACAAACUAAAGCCAGAGCAUCAUAGGCAAAGAGUUUAUAGGCACGGUAAUUUUCUUCCUUGUUCAUCUUUUACACCUCUUUCGUUGUUGUUUUUUUGUGUUGCAGGAACAAUUCUGAAUAAUUCAAAGCCCAAUCAAUAAAUAGAAGAUUCUGCGAUCAAUUUGGGUAAUUUUAUUCCUUGCCGCUCGCUCGAGGUUCAGAGGGGAGCUGCCAUAGCUAUUUCAGUUUGAAGCUUCGGAGAGAUUAUUGUUCUGCUGCUGUUGAUUUGCUGGAGCCUGGAGAGAGGAGAACCAUCGUCCCUAUUUUUUUCUUGUUGAUGGCGCUGGGUUGCUUUGCUCGCUAAAGGAGAAUCACAGGUCUUCCGGUCUCCCCUGUCCCUGCUUGUGAAGAAGAUGAAAACCGGCCCUUGUUUCUGCGGCUGCUGCUAAUUUCUUUGCUGGUUCCAUCGAAAAUCGUCCAGGCUUUUGGCGAAGAAGAUGAAGAGCUGAUGCGGUUUGCUGGCGGAUGAAGGAUUCAAUGUUUCCGAUUAAGCAGACUUGACUGAUUGCCGGUGUUACUCUCUCGGGAGGAAGAAUAAGAUGAAUCCAUCAGUUUUAGCCUGCUGAAAUUUCUGACCAGGAAGGAGCCCCUACGAAUUUAGGCUGAUGAAGGAACCUGUCGAUGUACCUGCGAAAGGGACUGGUGGCAGAUUUAGGUGGAGUCCGGCAGGCGGCGGCUGAUCGUUUGCUAUUACCUGGGGCGCCGUCGGUGGAGAAACCCUGGCUGAGCUCUAUGCUGAUUUCCAGCGAGAGAGGUGGUCGCCAUUGCUACUGAAUGCUUCCAGAUAUGUUCUGCUCGUAGGCCGCUGCAACUCUUCGCGUGAAGGAGAAGAUGACGGGAGAUAAAGUUCAUGUGCCGCCGAUGCUGCUUAGCCCUUUGUUGGGAUGAGAGAUUUGAAGAAUUAGGUCGCUUCCUGAUUGUCGGUGCUGCUUAGCCCUUUGUUGGGAUAGCACCGAUUUAAGGAAUUAGGCCGCUUACCGAUUGUCGGUGCUGCUUAGCCCUUUGUUGGGAUGGCACCGAUCUGAAGAAUCAAGCCAAUUUCCGAUUGUCGGUGCUGUUUAGCCCUUUGUUGGGAUGGCACCGAUUUGAAGAAUUAGGCUGAUUGCCGAUCGCCGGUGCUGCUUAGCCCUUUGUUGGGAUGGCAUCGGUUUGAAGAAUCAAGCCGAUUUCUAACCGUCGGUGCUGCUUAGCCCUUUGUUGGGAUGGCACCGAUUUGAAGAAUUAGGCCCCUUGCCGAUCGUCCGUGCUGCUUAAAUGUCGCCGCCACUUUCGACCUUAGUUCAUUUUGAGGGAGCUUGACAAAUUAUUGACCGGUGUUACCAAUUUCUUCGUUCGUCUGGUCUGAAUAUGACGUCCGUUGUUUGGGCCUGAGACAAAUUAUUACCACCGAGCUGACUCUUUUAUUAUCAUUAUUAUUAUUACCUUAGUUUUUUUUUUUUUAAGUAAUAAUACUAAUAAUAAUAAUAAUAAUAAUAAUAAUAAUAAUAAUAAUAAUAAUAAUCUUUUUUUUUUUUUGCAGUCCAAAAUGGUAUACUUUAGAGACGUAAUGCGUGGAGGCAAAAAGUAUCUCUCUGUAUCAAAGAAGAAGAAUGGCGAAGAAAUCCUUCUGGAGAUUUUUAGGCCAUUUGCUCGCGAGUUUUGGGGUGCGACUGUUGUGUCUUACCGGGUUGCAGACUGGACUCCUGAGUGCGAAUAUCAAGAUCAAACAAUGCGGACUUUAGUGUCUGGCUUCCUUCAUAAGCCAUCUUUCGAGAUUUUGCCUUCUUUGGGUAGAAGAAUCCUUGAUGCAAAUGCCCCUUUAAUAAAGACCUUAUUAUUCAGUGGCGAAUUUAGAUUCAUCACAGGCUACUGGGAAUGGGCCGAGGACAUUUUAAGCUUGAGUAAAAGUAUUUUGGAGAAGGGGCUUAUAUAUGAUGCUGUUUAUGCUUCCUUGUUCACAUAUGAUCGGUGUACGAAUGCUAUGCAAGCCUUUUGUGAAGCGUGGUGCCCUAUGGUGAAUACAUUACUUACGUCGAUCGGCGAACUGACGAUCACACUUUGGGACUUGAAUGUUAUUGGGGGGUUACCAAUCAUUGGGGAUGCAUAUGAUGAGUCUAUUCCGAGCUCCUUCGAUUUGUUAAAUGCAGAUGCUGACCGCCCUUUUCAACUUUGCAAAUACCUAUUUGAUGCAUAUCAUCAUCUUUUUCCAACGGUGGGAGACAAACGUGCCUUGCGUGUCCCUGUGUGGGUCAAAUUUUGGUUUAAGAAGGCUUCUAAGUACGUCAUGCCUCCGCAGAGAACAGAAAAGAAGAGAUCAUCCCGUGCUAAGGCAACCUAUAAUCCUAGCGGAGCAAUUCCAAAGUUUAGUGGGUGGUCGAAUUCUAUGAAGGUGCCGUUCCAUGCACUCAAGGUUCCUGCUGAAUAUGAGGAAGAGAUAUACUUAGCGGCAUUCCUAUCAUGUUGGCUUUGCGCCUUUGUAUUGCCCCAUGAAGGUCCAAGGAUCAUUCGUCCGGAAACUUUUAAAGUUGCUUGCAUGAUGGCUUGCGGGAGGAAGAUAUGUCUUGCUGUUCCAGUUCUUGCUAGUAUUUAUCACGGACUUAAUCAAAUUUCAAAUGCUCCAUUCCCUGACAAAGUUAGAACGUGUUUUCCUGUUCACUAUGUCUAUGGAUGGUUGGCCACAUACUUUGAUACUCAUUUCAAGAAUGAUAUUCAGUCCACGACCCCAUUGAUGAUCUCUUACUCAGGGGAAGGUGGAGCACGGUCCCUUGAGAAAACAAGGGCGCGUAGGAAGAUUUUCCAGGGAGAUGUAUCUGCGUGGAUAUGUUCUACACAUCGAAGGAUCAAGGACCAUGCUUUCUUUGAUGACGAGAAUUCUUCCGAGACUGACUUAGCAUUCUUCAGAUGUCUUCGUUCUAAUUUUCUCGUAUUACGCUACCAAGACCGUUGCAUUGCUGAGCUUUACACUCCUCAUCGCUUUAGUCGACAGUUUGGGUACUUCCAAGCUUAUGCACCAGGUUGGCCUGAGAGGCGUGAUCGUCGUGUUUCUCUUUCUUCUGGAUUUCAGCUUUGGCAACAGUUUGCGCAUGGUAUGUCACGGGCUGGAGCGGUGUUUCCGACCCCUCCUACUAUCCCAGCGAAAUUUUAUUCUUUGCAGUAUAAAGAAUGGUGGGGUCAAGUCCAUGGAAGUUUUCUGGAAAAUCAUGUGAGUGAUUUGAUCAGGAUUUACGAUCUUGCUAUUGGCGAUGUGAUUGCCCCUUCGGAUCCCGCGACUCCACUCUCCAAGAAGAAUAAGAAGGUACCUGAUAUUGAAGCUAAGUCUUUGCCCCAGAAAAAGGCUAAGCUUGCAGCACCUAGGGCGGAAGUUUUGAUCAAGGAUGCUGAGAAAGAAACACCUCCUGCCAAGGCGAGUGAGAAUCAAGUUCUUGAGAAGCAAAGUAAUGAUGAUAGGAAUUGGAAGCAUCUUCAGAGAAAACCUCAUCCUGGGCCACUGAGGGUUAGUUUCAUUAUUUAAUAAUCUAAUUUAACCUCAAGCCUGGACUUAUAUCUUCUUCCUUCUUUUGCAGAUUCAUCCAAUCCUUGAUGAUGCUAGUUCUUCAAAUCAUGUUUCUUCAUCUAGCUCAAGUGAAGGAGAAACCGAUGAUCAUGACACCGUUGCAGGGUUGAUGGCAAAAGGUGCCCCAAGUAAUUGCAAAGAAGUUCCGACCAACGAGAUACCGAAAUCCCCUCAUGUGAAACCGGCUGUAUCCGUUUUUCAAGGAGAGAACUACUUCUUUACUUUGUAUAAGCGGUUCCUCAUUGAAACUUGGGGCGGUAUUCAAAAGAAGUUAGAAAAUGCUACAGUAGAGAACGUCUCUUCUCUUCGAGAGGAUGUUCAGAGUUGUGUUAUCCUGAUGGAGAAGGACGGCAUUGACCUUUCCGUGUUGAAGACAAGAGUGAAGGAUUUCUUUGAAAGAGCACAAGCAUUUGAUCAAAAGUGCUCGACUAUUGCUGACAGGGUCCCUAUGGAGAAGCAGUCUCGGGAAUUGGCUAUGUCGCAAGCUUUUUGUGCAGAUAUUGAAGCUAAGAGAUCUCAAAAUCAAGUCGCAUUACUUGAUGAUGAGAAAUCUCUAAAUGAAAUCAAGAAAAAGAUAGCCUUAUUGGAAGCCGAAGCUAAGGAAAUAGAAGUUUUGAUUUCCCAGCGUCAUGCAGAGGCAAGUGACUUGGAUGCAGCUCUUACGAAGGCCAAGGAGGAAUCUUCACGGAUUUUGAAGACUAUCAAAGCAUCAGACGAAGGUCAACUUGCUUUAAGUACCCAGAAGAAGGAGCUAGAGGCUUUGAAGGAUGACUUAGUUAGCUUUAAAUUGUUUUUAGGCUGAGUUUGUUUUUACUUGUUUAUAUAUUAGCUUUUAGUCAGCUAACACUUUCCUUCUUUUCUUUCCAUCAAACUAUAUAUGGAUAUAUAUUGGAUUGCUUUCUUGCUCCUCGUGAGUUGAUA